UCCGCGGCCGGAUUGCAAAGCGGGGAGCGGGCUGCGCCACUGCCCCGCGGGAGGAGUGCUCUGUGCGCUCAGCCCACCGCGUCCCGGCUGCAGCGUGAAGGAGCCUCGCCGUCCACUUUGCUCCGGGCGUGGAGGAGAGCGGGAUGCGCGGCCCCCGGGCUUCGCGGGAGACGAGCGGGACUCCCCGCUCCGCAGCCCCGGAGAUGCGGGAGCCCCUGGGGGUGAACGGGAGUCGACCAAGACCCUCUACGCUCUCACCAGGGGUCCUCGGCUUCUUUUGGAAGUUCGAGCCCAGUUGGGUCUUUGUCUUCUGAGGAUCAUGAUUUUGACCCCACUGCUGAGAUGUUGGUCCAUGACUAUGAUGAUGAAAGAACUCUUGAAGAAGAGGAAAUGAUGGAUGAGGGUAAAAACUUCAGUUCUGAAAUUGAAGACUUAGAAAAGGAAGGAAACAUGCCUCUAGAAGAUUUACUGGCAUUCUAUGGCUAUGAACCUACAAUUCCAGCAGUUGCAAAUUCCAGUGCAAAUAGUUCCCCAAGUGAACUUGCAGAUGAACUACCAGAUAUGACACUAGACAAAAUCCCUGGAAAGCUUUCCUCGCCUUUCCGAUCUCAGGCAGGGAGAGGAAUCCACAUCUUGGAACCUCUUCCUGAGGAAAUAGCAAAAGACCUAUUGUCAGGUGAUGAUGAGGAAACUCAGUCUUCUGCAGAUGAUCUGACACCAUCAGUGACUUCCCAUGAAACUUCUGAUUUCUUCCCUAGGCCUUUAAGAUCAAAUACUACAUGUGAUGGGGAUAAGGAGUCAGAAGUUGAAGAUGUUGAAACAGACAGUGGUAACUCACCUGAAGAUUUGAGGAAGGAAAUAAUGAUUGGUUUACAAUAUCAGGCAGAGAUUCCCCCUUACCUUGGAGAGUAUGAUGGUAAUGAGAAAGUGUAUGAAAAUGAAGACCAGUUACUUUGGCGUCCUGGUGUGGUUUUGGAGAGCAAAGUUAAGGAGUACCUUGUUGAAACCUCAUUAAGAACUGGAAAUGAAAAAAUAAUGGACAGGAUUUCUUCAGGAACACACACAAGGGAUAAUGAACAGGCAUUAUAUGAACUUCUCAAGUGUAACCAUAAUAUAAAGGAAGCGAUCGAAAGGUAUUGCUGCAAUGGAAAGGCAUCUCAAGAGGGAAUGACUGCGUGGACGGAAGAAGAAUGCCGGAGCUUUGAACAUGCACUCAUGAUUUUUGGAAAAGAUUUUCAUCUUAUACAGAAGAAUAAGGUGAGAACUAGAACAGUUGCUGAAUGUGUAGCAUUCUACUAUAUGUGGAAGAAAUCUGAACGCUAUGAUUACUUUGCUCAACAGACAAGAUUUGGAAAGAAACGAUAUAACCAUCACCCUGGAGUUACGGACUACAUGGAUCGUUUGGUAGAUGAAACAGAAGCUCUGGGUGGGACAGUCAAUUCUUCAGCCUUAACUUCCAACCGGCCUGAGCCUAUUCCUGAUCAACAGCUGAACAUUCUCAACUCUUUCACUGCCAGUGACUUGACAGCUUUGACCAACAGUGUAGCAACCGGCUGCAACCCCACGGAUGUGAAUUGUUUGGAUGAUAGCUUUCCUCCACUGGGCAACACACCCCGUGGACAAGUAAAUCAUGUGCCUGUUGUAACGGAGGAGUUACUCACCUUGCCCAGCAAUGGGGAAAGUGAUUGUUUUAAUUUAUUUGAGACUGGAUUUUAUCAUUCGGAGCUAAACCCCAUGAACAUGUGCAGUGAAGAGUCAGAAAGACCAGCGAAGAGAUUGAAAAUGGGCAUUGCUGUUCCUGAAUCCUUUAUAAAUGAGGUUUCUGUAAAUAAUUUGGGUGUGGACUUUGAAAAUCACACACAUCACAUCACCAGUGCCAAAAUGGCCGUCUCUGUGGCUGACUUUGGCAGCCUGUCUGCCAAUGAGACCAAUGGUUUCAUCAGUGCCCACGCUCUGCAUCAGCAUGCCGCCCUUCACUCUGAGUGACAUGAGUGAGGGACCCAGAAACCGUGGGUGUGCAGUACCAGUAAACUUGAGGGAAGUAUCAGGUUUGCUUAGUCUUUCACUGGAAGUUUGAACGUUUUUCACUAUGACAUCAGUGAUGUCAGUAUGUAUAGAACUAUAUCUUGAUUUAUCAAGAGUAUUUUCAUUUUUCAAUCCAUAAAUGUGGAAACGAACUAUGAUCAGCAGAGUUGGGAACUAAGAUUGAACUCUGUGGUGCAGCUUUAAGCUCUGCUUAUCUCUUCCUCAUCUCCCAAUACCUCUUCCCCACUCCCUUCUUUUUCUAUUCUUUUCUGUUCCCCACUGCCCUCACACCCAAUUUUAAAACCUGUAGACAGAGGCCACCAGCUCAAAACCAGCACAGAUGUUCUGAACUGAAUGGAGUGGCUUCUUUUCGAGUAAAUUCCUUUUGCCGUAAUGGAUGCAGUGGAAUAACAAUGUUUACAGGUACCGAUCCUGAUCCCUGCUAAAUGUAGCAUUUUUUGGUUUUAUUUUCUUAACUAAAAGCAGGGGUAGGUUUCUUUAAACUGCACAAACAUGCAAAGAUUUUUUUAAAAUGGAAACUUCUCUCAUGUUAUUCAACUAGAGCACUUCAGUUUACAAAACAGCAAGUCCAUCUUUAUGGAAGCCAGCACGAGGAACUGUGUGCAAAUUAUGAAGACGCUUGCUUGGAUCCUAUUUGAAAAUACUAGACCAGGGCUACCUUACACAAAAUCAGUCAUUUUGCUGUCAGAAGAUUUUUGUGUAACUUCAUUUGUUGGCUAAUAAUGUGGCGUUUGAAGAUGUGGUAUUCCGAUGAGGUUUUUGUCCACCAUUGACAAGAUUGUAAUUGUAAAAAUUAUACCAGACAUUGAUAACUUAGUUUAUCCUGAGGCAGUUGACUGGCAGGGCACAGUCUACAAAGCCUAGGAUGUUGCCACUCAUUGGUUUACAUUUUGGGACACCUCUUAAGUUGUUUGUAGCACUGCAGUUCGAAGUGUUAAUAUUUAGGAGGGACUUCUGGAUUUACACAUAAUGCAGUAGAACCUUGAAGUAUAUUUAAACGAUUUUGUUUAGCUUGAACAGUUGGCAAGAAAAAUGUGAGUUCCUAUCUGAAAUAGAAUGGUCCGUUACCACUUUAAGAUUUAAAAAGUUAUAAACAUUCAGAUGCAUCUCAAACUCACUUUUAUUUUUAUUGCAAACGUGAAUGAGAUUGGCCAUUUUGGCUCUAUAGACAUGCAUCUUUAAGUUACAAGGUGAAUUCAAACAAUAUGUAAUACAGUAUUAGGAUGUAAUAAGCUUUGCUUUUAUAUUUCAGUUAAAACAGAAUUUUACUUUUUUUUUUUUGGUACCGCCUUAAUUAAAUUUUCAGUUUCUUCUAGUUGUAUUGCUUUGCAAAAAACUGAAAUGUUUGGCUGCAUUGCUGAUAUUUGUAAGUGUAAGUCACUUCAAGGUUGUGCUGAUGAGUAGGUAGAUUGUAGUAACCUUAGUAGUGAUGGAAAGGGAGGGUAUUUAUUAUACAAACUGUGAACUGCAAUGACGUCCUUAGUUUUGGAUGAUGUGUAUUCUUGUUUUUCUUUGCAGCAUUUUAAUGAAGAUUGCUUUGAAGUGUUUACGCAGUAGCACAUUUACUAUAAAAUGUAGGUUAGCACAGUGGACAAAAGUAGAUAAAUUAAUAACUUAAAAUCAUUCUCUAAUUUAUACAUCUAAAGUCUAGCAUUCCUGUAUGCACACAGUAAAAAAUGGGUAGCCUGGGCUGUAUGUUGCUUUUAGAUAUUUUUAUCCAAGUUGUCAGCUUCUUAUUGCUGUGGUGUUGUGCUAAACUUUGACCUUAUUUCUUUUGUUGAAAAUCAGUACAACUUCUAUAAUUUACUAAGAUACUGGCCAUAAUCUUCCAUUGUUAUCACUUUAAUUUUCACUCUGGGUUUACAGUGGCUGGUUGUAUAAAAUAAUUUACACAAAGAUGACUGAAUGGUAAUACCAGUUGCACUUAAAUGAACAUCCCCAUUCUCAGUAGCUGAUGCAGUAAUAUAUUCAGUUUAUCUAUGCAUUGCUGGGAUCUUGAUAUAAGAUGGAAACAGUGUUUCUUAUCUAAAGUUUUGAUUAUCAGCAAGUUGAAUGGACACUUUAGUUAUUUAAAUAAAGAUUUUUGACCAAAAUUCAGAAAAUGAUAUGAGAGAAAAAUAAAUUACAGCUAGUUUAAUAGAUUUUUAAAUGCCAAUCUGAUUUUAGCCUCUUAGAGAGUGCUUAACUAGCUGGUAACGUUUACUUUUAAUUCCUUGUUAAAAUGAGGCAAUAAUUUGCAAGAUUUUUGUAUAUAUGUGUAAAUUCUUCAUAUCUUUUUAGAUCUAAUUCAAUAUUUUCUGACUGCUUCUGCCAUGUAUAAUACCAUUUUUGUGCAUGCUUGAUGUGACAUUCAUAAAUUGUACCACUAUGACUUUAUCCAUGUAAAAUAGCUAUUUAUUGAAUUUUCUUUUAAAAGCUUGAUUUACUGGCUGUUUUUUUUUUUUCCCGUUUAAGCAUCUUAACAGAGAAUUUGUUACUGUUUAUUAGAAGAAUUGCGUUUGAGAGGAUGGAAGUAACUGAUUUGCAAUCACAUGAAGAAACAAUAAUGCCUUUAUUAUCAAGUGUUAAGCACAAUUCUUAUAACAAACUGUGAUAAAUUCUUUUUUUUUUUCCUUUGCUGCAUUAUUUUCGUAUGAACAAACCAAAAAUCCAUGGUGAGCAGUUGCAGUGUUGGCUGAUGUAUCUUUUAUGUACAGAGAAUUUGAAGAGGACGGCGGAUUCAUUUAGAAGUGUAACUGGUGCUGUGAUUAUAGCAAUACUUUACUUUUAUUAGUCGUACUUCAUCUUUUUCAUGCUAGCUUUUUAAAUGUUCAGUUUUCCUCUUGUCAUGGUCAACUGCUGAAUUUACUUGAAGGAUGUAGAAUACUGUUUAAACAAUACUAAAGUGUGUACAAUUAGGUCAAAGAAUUGUGCAAUUGUUUCCUUUUUAAUUUUUAAAAUUGAGGGUCAUAAAUAUUUGAGGAUGUCAGAUCUAAUAGAGCAUAGUGAUACUAUUUAAUUUAACCAAAGUCUCUAGUGAAUAUUUCAACUUUGAAUGUAAACUAAUGAAUAAACCUGACCACCAAGGAGAUUGUUUGCCCAGAGUUUCAAAGCACAUUGUCUACAAAUGGAAAUUGAAAUAAUUUAUAAAAAUAUUGACAUUGCUAUGUUUUUUAAAAAGUUCUUAAUUUUUUCACUAAAAGGAGGAAACUAUUAGUUUUAUUGUUAAAUAUGGUAGAUAUUAAAAUUCCUUUUAGAUAACCAGUGAUUCCAAUGGUCCCAGUUUGAAGUAAGUACCCUGUAUGAGAUUAAUUAGUGACAAUCAGAACAAGUUUUAGUAUCAGAUGUUCAAGAGGAAGUUGCUAUUGUUGUAUUGAUUUUAAUAUUUGUACAUAAACACUGAUUUUUUUGAGCAUUUUGUAUUUGUUGUACUUUAAUACCUGGUGUACAGUUCCAGAAAUAAAAAUCUGGAAAUCUUUUUU